AUGUUCACCAAGCUCAAUGAUCUAAAACCAUUCAAGUCCACUUGGAGGGUUCGUGUGAAAGUGUUACAUUCCUGGAGACAAUUCCCUGGCAUGUCAGGAGAGACGCUGGACUUAAUCCUGGCUGAUGAGCAUGGUUGUAAGAUGCAUGCUGGAGUCAAGAAGAGGGAUAUAGGCAGGCUAUCUAAAGAUCUGAAGGUCGGUGAAUGGAGAGUCGUUGAGAAUCUUGAAGUAAGGGAAGCGACUGGUCAAUUCCGUCCUACAGGCAUUGAUGGAGGGUUGAACCACUGCAUCCUCAUUGAUGUCAUGGGCCAGGUUCUCAAUGUCAAGGAUAUGAAAGUUGUACCUGUCGCUGGAAAAGAGAAGAGGAAGCUUGAGUUUGUUCUUAGAGACACUGAGCUACCUUCUGAUGGUCUAGCUAUUACUAUCACUGAGGAGGAUGAAGAGGAACUGCACCUUCAGAGGAAGCAGAAGGACGAGGAAUGGUUAAGUAUGGAUCUUAACUCGAUUUACGAAGUCAAGAGUUCCUCGGAGGUUGAGAAAUUUAGAAUUUCUGCCAAGGUAACUGCCAUCGAUUCCGAUUGGGGAUGGUACUACUUUGGUUGCGGUAAAUGUCAACACCGAGUCUUCAAAGACUUGAAGAAGGAGAACUCCACCAGACCACGACCACAGGUUCCCAUCUGGUACUGUGACAACUACAAAACUAACGUGAAAUCGGUCUCACCAAAAUUCAAGCUACACCUGCUGAUUGAAGAUGAUUCUGAUAAGACGAAGGUUAUGUUACUUGACUCUGUCGCAGAGGGACUAGUUACCAAGUCAGCCACCUUCCUACUAAAUGGUUCUACAGAUGAGAUUCAGGACCCAGAACUCUUACCUGAUUCUAUUAAAGAUUUGGUUGGAAGCACUUUUGAGUUUCUGGUUGGUGUAGAGAAGGAACACAUCAUAUAUGGGAACGACAUCUACAAGGCGCACAAAGUUAAAAAGGGACUUCUUAUCGUUCAUGAUGACUCCCUAAUGAGCAGAUUACUAGGGAUGACAGUCUCUGUCCCAUUGAAGAAGAAGGCGAGGUAUCAAUCAGUUGUAAAGAGCAACGGUUCAACUCCAUCUCCUAAGCGAGCGGGCGAAGACGUCGGAGGAGUACACGAGCUUUCAUCAACAUCAAAGAAGCCCUGCACAAAGGUUAUCAACCUUGAUGAAAAGAUCACGGAGAAGAGUGAUGGUGCGGAAGAAGCAAGCAUUUAG